AUGGCCCAGAAUGAGGAUGUCGAGCGACUGGACAAUAGCGGGCAAAACGAAAAGGCCAAUGGCGUGACCGCAUCCGCGGCCGCGCAAGCGCCAGUUGACUAUGAAGCCAGGCCUGAUGUAUUCUCCUCCACCGUCCAGGAGAUUUUGUUUGUCUCGGUGGCGACAAUGGCUAUUUCCAUGUCGUCCCUCCUCAACGGCGCCAUAACAGUUCUCACGUCGCAGGUUCAGGAUGAGUUGAACAUGACAACUGCCGAGCUGACCUGGCUGGCUGGCUCGUCAUCGCUGGCUUCUGGCGCGUUCCUGUUGUUCUUUGGCCGAUUGGCCGACCUCUUUGGUCGGAAAACGCUCUUCAUCGGUAGCAUGGCUCUUUUCGCUGUGUUCGCUAUAGCAGCUGGUUUCUCCAAGACGCCUCUUCAACUCGACAUCCUCAAUGGUGUGAUGGGUCUCAUGUCCGCUGCUGCUGUUCCUCCGGCCCAAGGCAUGCUUGGCAAUAUUUAUCAGCGGCCUUCCAAGCGGAAGAACAAGGUCUUCGCCUGCUUCAGUGCUGGCAACCCCAUGGGCUUCGUCUUCGGAAGUAUAUUCUCAGGAAUCGCCGUGCAACUGUUCAACUGGAGAGCCAGCUUCUUCCUGUUGGCCAUCAUCUACGUCGUCAUCGUAGCCAUUGCACUAUUCUCCGUUCCUGUCGACCACACGCAGAAGGAAACGAUGUCUUUGCAGGCGGUCAAGAAAUUCGACAUUGUUGGCACCAUCCUGACCGUGGCGGGCAUCGGCAUGUUUUCCGGGGCCCUAAGUCUCGGCUCCGAUGCGCCCCAAGGCUGGAAAACGCCCUACGUCCUAGCACUCCUUAUCAUCGGCGCGUUCCUCAUCGUCGCCUUCGUCUUCUGGGAGCAGUGGUGUGCCUACCCGCUCGUACCCAUGUCCAUCUGGCGCGACCGCGACUUCUCGCUCGUCAUCACAGUACUACUACUCGGCUUCCUCGCCUUCCCGAUCAUGGCUUUCUGGAUCGCGCUUUUCAUGCAAAAGAUCAAGCACUACUCGGCGCUGCUCGUGGCAGUGCACAUGCUGCCCAUGGCCAUCGGCGGCAUCAUCGUCAACGUCAUCGCGGGCCUCAUCAUGCACCGCGUCUCCAAUACUUUGCUCAUGGCCGUCGGCGCCACCGCGUACGUCGCCUCCUUCCUCCUCAUGGGUCUUCAGCACGCCGACAGCUCCUACUGGGCCUUCAUCUUCCCCGGCCUCCUGCUCGCCGUCGUCGGCGCCGACUUUGAGUUCUGCGUCGCCAACAUGUACGUCAUGUCUAGCUUGCCGCCGCAGCAGCAGAGCAUCGCCGGCGGCAUUUUCCAGACCGUCACGAAGCUGUGCGUCACCAUCGGCAUGGGCAUCAGCACGGCCAUCUUCGAUGCGGUGGUGGCGCGGGGAACAGCCACGAGCGGAUACUUUGCGAAUGAUCCCAUUGAACCGUAUGCGGCAACGUUCUUGUACUGCGCGGGAAUCGCGGCAGUGGGGAUUCCUCUGUGCGCGUUCUUAAAGAUCGACGCUUACGCCCUCAAACACCUUGCAGUCAUGGAUCUCACCGCCGCAGCUACCCUCCAGGCGGAUUCGAAGAAGGCAAUUCGCCACUACAAGAACUAUCUCACCCCCUUACGCCAGCUGCAACUCUGGAUUUAUGGACGCCGCAUGCGCGCUGCUCGGUGCCUGCCUUUCCUCGCUCCGAGUCAGACGACAGCACUAACGCCGCCGAGCCUACUACUCCAACUACCUGACGAACUUAUUCUCGAAAUCGCAUCCUACCUCUAA